GGCCUCCUUAUGUUUGAGUCUCUUCGCUAAUGGACUCGAAUUGAUAUUCACCUCCAUUCUUUUUUUUUUUAGCUUGAUUCUCCUUAGAAUAGAAUUUUUUUUCAUUUUCAUUUUUGGGGUUUUUUUUUAUUUUCUUUUUAGGGGUGUUGAAUAUUUGGAUUGUUUCAUGGCGAAAGGCCGGCGGUUGACCACCAGCAGAAGCGAACGGUUUCUUGGGAGUUACAGUUACGGGCAUAGCCUAGGGGACGCCGUCACGGACGAACCGGAACUCGGGGAGGAAGAUGUCUGGUCGAUGGUUGACAACGUCGCGGAGCGAGACGACCAGAAUGUCAAUAAUUCUCAGAGCGAGUGGAGUCCACGCGCUGAGGCGGAGAGUAAUGGGAACGGGAACUUGGACGUGAGGGGGGGACGUCGACGAGUGGCCCGGGGUGACCGCCACGUGGGCGGGCUGUCCUUGGCUUUCGAGGAUUCUUCUUCCACGAAGCCUAGGAUCGUGCACCAGUUCCGUGGCCACGAUGGCAUGGCGGCCGCAGCUUCUCCACGUGGACACCAUAUGGCCACGUCAGCACCGGUGAACGUGCCUGACUGGAGUAAGAUUUACAGGGUCGAUUCGGUGGAGUCGAUACACGACUCGGAUGACGGGCUUGAUGACGGUGACUCGGAGAUGGUUCCCCCGCACGAGUACUUGGCGCGCGAGUACGCUCGGAGUAAGAAAAUGGGCGGGGCUUCGGUUUUUGAAGGCGUGGGUCGGACCCUCAAGGGCCGGGACUUAAGGCGGGUCAGGGAUGCGGUUUGGAGCCAAACAGGGUUCGAUGGUUAACCAAUUUGUUAGCCAGCCGACCAAAAGACCCAAAAAAAAAAAGUAAAUGAUUGAUUAAAAAAUUGCUACUACAAUAUUCUUUUUGACUUGAGCAAUGAUUCGGUUGAGUCGACUCAGAUGAGUCAACUUAGUGGCGAGUGAGCUCAAGCAGGAUUUUGAUUUGAGAGAGAAAGGGAGAGAGAGGACAGUCCUAAAUUCUGUUCUUGGACUAAACAAUUUGGAAGUUGAAGUGUGUUUCCAAUUUCUCUUUAGUGGUAAUUCUGGUACAAAUUUCAGAAAAGGAAAAAAAAGAAAAUAUUCCAUUUUCAUGGGCCAUCCCCAUCCUGAUGUUACAAUAAACUCCAAAAUGAACUAGAA